AGGAGGCAAGAGGUCAAUACAAGUCACUCUGGCCUUGCUGUGACCUUCACAAAGGAAACAAGGACCUCACAAUCUUCCAUUUUCUCCCUAAACCCUGUAAAACAUAGGUCCGUGUCCUGGGGCAGUGAGGAGGGUGUGGCCAGGGCAGGGUGGCCAGAAGUUAAGCGCACCUGACCAUGGCCAGCACUUAAGAGCUUGUACAAUGUGUCCUGGACCUGGUCCAGUCCUCCAGAGUCCAUCGUUCAGAGCUGGCUGCAUUCCUGGACCAUUGCUGGUGCCCACCCACAGGACUUCUACAAAUAGGGAAACUGAGGCACAAGAUGAGGAGGUAGUUUGUGACAAAAGAAGGUCCUGCAGUAAGAAAGUCAUCAUUCAGAACCACGCCAAGGGUGAGUAACCACAGGAGCAGAACGAGUACGGAGCUCUGAGAUGGCACCAUGGGUCAAGUUUCUGCCUGAUAUGAGCUGUACCUGUUCAGAACCAAGGAUUGAUAUGACAGAGCCCAUGAGGCCAGCCAUGGGAGUUCAUACCUGACCACCUGUUCAGCCAAGCUUGGAGAGCAGGAAUCUCAGGAAAUAUCCAUCAGGGGCACCCCUGCUCCCUGCAGCUUCUGCAGCUCCUUCAAGAGGAGGAAGGACCCUGGGCCCUAUGAUGGAGCAUCUGGUGGGACUUCAUGAGGGGUCUUCAGGGAAUCCUGUGGCCUUACAGGAGCUCUGGGGUCCCUGCCCCAGAGCCCAGCGCAGAAUCAGAGGCAUCCUGGAGAGAGUGAAGAGACAGCUCUUCCGGGUGGGUGAAGACUGGUAUUUCUUGGUUGGCCUAGGAGUGCUCAUGGGUCUCAUCAGCUUCACCAUGAACUUUGUUGUCUCCAGAGUCAGCCAUGCGCACAUGUGGCUGUAUCGAGAAAUUGGGGACAACCAUCUUCUCCGCUACCUGUCUUGGACUGUGUAUCCCAUAGCCUUGGUCUCCUUCUCCACUGGCUUUUCCCAGAGUAUCACCCCUUUCUCUGGAGGCUCUGGAAUCUCAGAAAUGAAGGUCAUUUUAUCUGGUGUAGUCCUGGAGGAUUACUUGGACAUCAAGAACUUUGGGGCUAAAGUGGUGGGCCUUGCCUGUGCCCUGGCAUCUGGCAGCACCAUCUUUCUUGGCAAAGUGGGCCCCUUCACACAUAUUUGCUGCAUGAUUGCCGCCUACAUGGGCAAAGUUCGAGUUUCAGCCCUUGGAGAGUAUGAGAACAAGAUCAAGCAGAAUGAGCUGCUGGUGGCUGGAGCAGCAGUGGGUGCGGCCACUGUCUUUGGGGCACCCAUCAGUGGGGUCCUGUUCAGCAUUGAGGUCAUGUCCUCCCACUUUGCUGUCUGGGAUUACUGGAGGGGCUUUUUCUCCUCGGUCUGUGGGGCCUUCAUGUUCCGGCUCUUGGCUGUCUUCAACAGUGAGCAAGAAACCAUCACUUCCCUCUUCAAGACUAGAUUCCGAGUAGAUAUACCCUUUGACCUACCAGAAAUCUUCUUCUUUAUACUACUUGGGUUUGUCUGUGGGAUUGUGAGCUGUGCCUACCUCUUCGGCCAUCGCAGAUUUGCAUUGUUUGUUCGAAGAAACUGGAUUACCAAAAAACUGCUUGCAACAGACAAGCCUGUGUACUCAGCCCUGGUGGCCCUGCUUCUGGCUUCCAUCACCUACCCACACAGCCUGGGACGAUUCAUGGCCUCCAGGUUGUCUAUGAAUCUGUACCUGGAUUCACUAUUUGACAACCAAUCCUGGGCUCUGCUCUCCCGGAAUUCCUCCCCUGAAUGGCCCGCAGAAGUGGACCCCAACAACUUAUGGUUUGAGUGGUACCAUCCCCAGUUUACCAUCUUUGGCACCCUCGCCUUCUUCCUGGCCAUGAAGUUUUGGAUGUUGAUUCUCGCCACCACAAUACCCAUGCCAGCUGGGUACUUUCUGCCUGUAUUUAUCUAUGGGGCCAGCAUUGGACGAAUUUUUGGUGAGAUUCUAGCUGUCAUCUUCCCAGAGGGCAUCAAGACUGAUGAUGGGGUCAUCAAUACCAUCAUCCCUGGUGCAUAUGCCCUGGCAGGAGCUGCUGCCUUCUCAGGAGCAGUGACUCACACCAUCUCCACAGCCCUGCUGGCCUUCGAGCUGACAGGCCAGUUUGUCCACGUGCUGCCAGUACUGAUGGCUGUGCUGGCAGCCAAUGCUGUGUGUCAGAACUGCCAGCCCUCCUUCUACGAUAAUGGCAUCAUCCUGAAGAAGCUUCCCUACCUGCCCCGGGUCCUAGGCCGCAAACUCAACUCCCAUUUGGUGACUGCCGAACUCUUCAUGAACCCAAACAUCACCACCCUGGCCAAAGAUUCCUCCUUGGACGAGGUGGUCCAAACCGUGACCUCCACUGAAGCUGCUGAAUACCCCCUGGUGGAGAGUGCAGAAUCCCAGCUCUUGGUGGGCAUCAUCCGUAGGGACCAGCUGCUGCCAUUCCUCCAGGCAGAGCCAACCAUCCAGGCAAGCAGGCACCAGUGGCGUCUCCAUGAGGUCCUGGCCGGGGGCUGCCCUAUGGAACCUGUGACCUUACAGCUGUCACCCCAGACUUCCCUACACCAGGUCCACAACCUCUUUGAACUCUUGAAAAUGCAGAGGAUCUUGGUGACAUCGAUGGGCCGAGUGGUGGGCUUCAUCUCCUGGGUGGAGCUGAAGAAGGCAAUUGCUGACCUGGCAAACCCCCCAACUCCUAAAUAAGGUGGCCUGCUGGAGGAGAAGGGUGUGGAGCCCACCAGCC